AUGCCAGAGCUCUGCAGCGCCUGCUUGCUCUGCCACAAGCCCGGCACCUUCUGCCCAGUCUGCUUCGACAUCCACGACGACACCGCCGCCCGCAUCAUGUGCCUCCGCUGCCCCGCCCUCGCCCACUUCACCUGCCUCCCUUCCUCCCACUCUUCCCGCUACCUCUGCCCUCACUGCUCCGAUCCCUCUUUUUCCUUCAUCGAUUCAACCACUGCACUCGCCAAAAUUGCGGCCGCGACGAUGCACAGGGCGGCAGCCCUGGCUCGAGCCGAUGCGGAGCAGAAAGUGAUGGGUGCUCUGCUGGCCAAACGAAACGCCAAGGAAGCCAUUGAAAGAGUCGCCUCCUUAAUGUCCAAUCAAAACCAUUCCGAUGUUGAUGACCGGUGA